GGGGAGGGGAGCCCGGCGAUUCCGGGGACGCCUGGGAAAGGAAGUUCCGGGACCCUCCCUGCUCGCGUGCCCACCUCCGCUUCCUGCCUCGUGUCUCACCUUGUCCCCAGCGCCUGGAGUACCCCAACCGAUGGGAACAUGUGACUUGUACCCAGUGGGGCCUGGCUCUGCAGGCCCCAGCCAUCCCUCAGCCCAGGCGGGGGCCCUUAGGCCUCUGAACCUGGUCCCCUCCCGGGACUAGGCCCGGCUCCUGGAACCGCGGUCCCCGGGCACAGGUGGGCACCUGCGCCAGCCCCACCUGUGCCCGGGUUGUGGCCCUCCCUCUCCGCAGGGCGUUCGCCAUGGCCCCGCUGCUCCUGCCACUGCUGCUGCUGCUGGCCGGUGCGGCGGCCGCCUGCCCGCUGCCCUGCGUCUGCCAGAACCUGUCUGAGUCACUCAGCACCCUGUGCGCCCACCGAGGCCUGCUCUUCGUGCCGCCCAACGUGGACCGGCGCACGGUGGAGCUGCGGCUGGCGGACAACUUCAUCCAGGCCCUGGGCCCUCCCGACUUCCGCAACAUGACGGGGCUGGUGGACCUGACGCUGUCCCGCAAUGCCAUCACCCGCAUCAGUGCCCGCGCCUUCGGGGACCUGGAGAGCCUACGCUCGCUGCACCUGGACGGCAACCGGCUGGUGGAGCUGGGCGCCGGCAGCCUGCGCGGGCCUGCCAACCUGCAGCACCUCAUCCUCAGCGGGAACCAGCUGGGGCGCAUCGCACCGGGCGCCUUCGACGACUUUCUGGAGAGCCUCGAGGACCUGGACCUGUCCUACAACAACCUGCGGCAGGUGCCCUGGGCCGGCAUCGGGGCCAUGCCCGCCCUGCACACGCUUAAUCUGGACCACAACCUCAUUGACGCCCUGCCCCCGGGGGCCUUUGCCCAGCUCAGCCAGCUCUCCCGCCUCGACCUCACUUCCAACCGCCUGGCCACGCUGGCACCCGACCCGCUCUUCUCCCGGGGCCGCGACGCCGAGGCCUCGCCUGCGCCUCUGGUGCUGAGCUUCAGCGGGAACCCGCUGCACUGCAACUGCGAGCUGCUCUGGCUGCGGCGGCUGGCGCGGCCCGAUGACCUGGAGACGUGCGCCUCACCGCCGGGCCUGGCCGGCCGCUACUUCUGGACCGUGCCCGAGGGCGAGUUCUUCUGUGAGCCACCCCUCAUCGCCCGCCACACGCAGCGCCUCUGGGUGCUGGAGGGCCAACGGGCCACCUUGAGGUGCCGGGCCCUGGGUGACCCUGUGCCCACCAUGCACUGGGUCGGCCCCGACGACCGGCUGGUUGGCAACUCCUCCCGGGCCCGGGCUUUCCCCAACGGGACCCUAGAGCUUGGGGUGACAGGCGCUGGGGACGCAGGGGCCUACACCUGCAUUGCCACCAACCCUGCCGGCGAGGCCACAGCGCGUGUGGAGCUGCGGGUGCUGGCCCUGCCGCACGGCGGGAACAGCAGUGCCGAGGGCGGCCGCCCCGGGCCCUCGGACAUCGCCGCCUCGGCUCGCACUGCUGCCGAGGGGGAGGGGGCUCCGGAGGCCGAAGCAGCCGUGCAGGUGACCGAGGUGACUGCCACCUCAGGGCUGGUGAGCUGGGGCCCAGGGCGGCCGGCCGAGCCGGUGUGGAUGUUUCAGAUCCAGUACAACAGCAGCGAGGACGAGACCCUCGUCUACAGGAUCGUCCCGGCUUCCAGCCACCACUUCCUGCUGAAGCAUCUGGUCCCUGGUGCAGACUACGACCUCUGCCUGUUGGCCCUGUCACCUGCUGCAGGGCCCUCUGACCUCACGGCCACCAGGCUGCUGGGCUGUGUCCACUUCUCCACGCUGCCAGCCACGCCCCUGUGCCACGCCCUGCAGGCCCACGUGCUGGGCGGGACCCUGACUGUGGCCGUGGGGGGGGUGCUGGUGGCUGCCUUACUGGUCUUCACUGUGGCCUUGCUGGUUCGGGGCCGGGGGGCUGGGAAUGGCCGCCUGCCCCUCAAGCUCAGCCAUGUCCAAUCUCAGACCAAUGGAGGUCCCAGCCCCACGCCCAAGAGCCACCCGCCACGGAGCCCCCCGCCCCGCCCCCAGCGCAGCUGCUCCUUGGACCUGGGCGACACUGGUGGGUGCUAUGGUUACGCCAGGCGCCUGGGAGGGGCCUGGGCUCGACGGAGCCACUCUGUGCACGGGGGGCUGCUUGGGGCAGGGUGCCGGGGGGUGGGGGGCAGUGCGGAGUGGCUGGAGGAGAGUGUUGUGUGAGGGGGUGGCAAGGGGCAUCCCUGCAUCCCUCAACUCUGCAGAACAGGGCCCGAGUGAGGGGCAGGCAGGCCCCGCCUGGGUGGGGGCACCUGCCCGGAGCCCUUCCGGCUUUUAUUCUCGGUACCUCAGGCUCCCCUGUGCUCUUGCCCGGACAGGGACCCUUUCUACGGUCCUGGCUUCCAGAUGGGGGUGGGGGAGCAGUCCCUCUGACAGGUGCUCACGGCCACCAAGGCAGGGGCUGCAGCCACCAAGCAGGAGUCUUGUUUUUAUUUAUAAUAAAAUCGUUGGGGACACCUCA